AUGUAUAUACAGUCGAUACUUUGUGUUUUGGCAUUUGCCCAAUUGAUUUCAGCAUCCGCUUUCACAUUCAUCUUGGGUGCUAAAGAAAAGUCAUGUUUCUAUGUCUUUACUGAAAAACCAUCCACCCAAAUCAGAUACUAUUUUGCUGUUCAAAGUGGUGGUUCUUUUGACGUCGACUACGUUAUAUCCGAUCCUAACCAGAAUGUUAUAUACCAAGAAAACAAAAAGAGACACGGUGAUUUUGUUUUCCCUGCCCAAAUCCCCGGUGAAUACGAAUUUUGCUUCUCAAACACCAUGUCAACUUAUCUGGAAAAAGUUGUUGAUUUUGAAAUCGAGGUUGAAGACGAAGGAACCGGGUCUAAAGGUGUUAAGGCUAGUCUACCAAACCAGCCAAAUGCAAAGCCAUUGGCUCAUGUGGAGAAUAUGAGAGCGACUGUUGACAAUAUUGAGUCACAAUUGGACGGAUUGACCAAAACUUUACAGUUUUACAAGACUAGAAAUAGCAGAAACCAAGCUACUGUCCAAUCCACUGAGUCCAGAAUCUUUUACUUUUCAGUAUUUGAAGUAUUGUUGAUGGUUGAUGUAACCUCGCUCAACGCUGAACAAUUCUCGAGAUCGUCAUCACCUAAACCGACUUUGCAAAGCUUGGAUCAAGACAAUUCUGAUGACGAACGCUUGAAUAGUGACGAAGAUGAGGACGAGGAAGUAGAGGAACAGCAGCUACAAAAACAUUCCUUGGAUGUUGACACGGAAGAUCAAUUAGCCAGAGAAUCAGACAUCACUGUCUCAAACAUCAAACUGUCCCAAGCUGAGUAUCGAGGAUUUACCAUCUACGUGCUAAGUUCAUUAGCCCUUGUGCUAUACGUCUCAUGGACACUAAUACCACCAGCAACACUACACAAACUAUCCAUCGACUACUACCCAGACAAGUAUUGGAGUAUUGCUAUCCCCAGCUAUUCAUUAAUGUUGAUGUUGUUUGUGUAUUGGUUCCUAGCGUUGUACAAUACUGAAGUCUUGACUUUGCCGUUGGAUAAUAUCAAUACAUUUGUCGAUGAGUACACUCAAUUCCCAAGUAAUAACGAACUUCUGCUUGUGGGCCAUAAUCAAGUGAUUAAGGACUACAUUCAUCAAGCACCCAGUGGAGUUUGGGAUCUUCCAAUCACUAUGGUUAAUGAAGUAUUGUAUGAUGACCUGGAUUAG